AUGUCUGACUCGUACAUGCACUUGUUCAGGCCCACCGUGGCGGCUCCAGCAGCCCCCUCCGGCCCAUCCACCGUGUCUGUGAAGAUCCACAACUCGGCCCUUUUCCAUAUCCUCGAGAUCGUCUCCAAGCAGGUGCUCAAAGAGAACAAGAACAAGAGAAUAAUCGGUACAUUGCUCGGUGUUCGUUCUGAUGACGGCAGCAGCGUCGACGUUAGAGACGCCUUCAUGGUUCCAUGUCUGGAAACCGGUGACUCCAUCUCCAUCGAAGAACACACUCACAAGACCCUCUACCAAUUGUACAAGAAGGCCCACCCUAAGGAGUUUGUGCUUGGUUGGUUUGAUCUGUCUUCUGUUAUUGACGGAUCCACUGGCUUGAUCCACGACUUCUACUCCAAGGGUGCUGACAGAGCAUACCCAUUCCCAGCUGUGUACUUGAAUGUGUCGUACUUGAAGGACGAGCAGAUCCAGAUGCCUCAGUUGACCACAUACAUUGGAGCUGCUAUCGGCAGACCAGUCCAGAAAAUCGGCUGGAAGACCAGCGCCACCACCAACUCUUACAUUUUCAGCCCCGUUCCCCACCAGGUGGUUACCAACACUGUUUCUGAGAAAUUGGCGUUGAACAUGCUCCACAACACGUCGCCAAAGGAUAACUCGGUGACUUUGCAAGCACACGAGCAGGGCUUGGAUACGUUGCAGAAUGAAAUUGGUUCUGUUACCAAAGAAGUUGACCAAUUGUUGCAAUAUCUCGACAAUGUGUCUGGAAGCGAUGCUGAUGUGGACUUGUUGCGUACAUUGAGUAACACGUUAGUGAACAAGCCUACCAGCUUGGCCGACUUGAGGCUGUUGAAGGAGCACUUCCAGUCGCACAACCAGGAUAUUGUAAUGAUUGAGUUUUUGACCAGAGCGGUGAAGGAGCAGAUUGAGUUGAUUGCCAGGGCGUCGUCCGAGGCUGAGAAGGCCAUAGCAUAG